AUGACUUAUCAAACUCACCCCCAAGCCAUUUAUACUAGCCAGUUACGAAUUAAGACGAUUGAAGAAGAAUUAGAAGCUAUCAAAGAACUCCUUGGCAGUGAAUUAGCCAAGUUAGUAGGUGAAUUUAUUCAGGCUCGCCAAAAAAUGCUAAAAGAUGAGGAAGAUGAUCAAGCUGUGGAGAAAGUAGGGGAACUAGAAGAAAAAUUGAAAGAGAACAGUUUUUCAGAAGAAGAGACAGAAAAAAUUACUAAUCAUUGUGAAGAACUAGUUGAUUUGAAAGAACAGCUGGAAAAACAAGUGUUGCAAAAUCAGAAUAAAGAAGUAACAGAAAUAGAACUUAAAUAUAAAACAAAAUUUCAAGGACAACUAGUCAUUGAAAAUUAUUUAGAGUUAGAAAAGUUAUGCUUGCAGGAUGUUAGAAGCGUUGACAAAGUAGUUCUUAAAAAUUUAACUAAGUUGCAGGAAUGCACUAUCCGCGGAUGUAACGUUAAAGAAUUAAUCAUUGAAAACUGUUCUCGUGCCAAGAAAUUGAAUGUUCGAAAAAAUUCUUUAACUAAUUUGGAAUUCUUAAAAGGCUUAGAUGACUUAAAAGAACUUGAUUUAUAUGGAAAUACUGGGAUCGACAAUGGACUAGAAUACUUACCAAAUAAUUUGCAAGAAAUAACCCAGUACAACCCUUGUCAGUUAGCAAAAAUAAUUCGAGAUUUAAAGAAGAAGCAUGAGGAUUUAAAAAAGUCUGUUUCAGAUUUUAUUAAAGAUAAAGAAGAAAUUUUCUAUAGUAGUAAGGAAUUAAUAACAACAGAAUUACUUUCAGAUUUAGAAAAAGAAUUUAAAAACAAAGAAGAAAAAAUUAAUUAUUUAGAGUUCCGAAAACAAGGCUUAGGCUCCACUAAUUAUCGUAAGCAGCUUAAAACAUACGAAAAGCAUUAUAAAGAAAUUGAGGAUGAACUAGAAAAUAAAUUGGAUGAGGAAGCCAUGAAUGAAGUUCAACGCAUCUUAACCAAUUCUGAACUUCAAGGUGAAUUAAAGGUUUAUAGAUCAAUUACUCCUACCCCCGAAAGUCAAAAUGAAACUUUAGUCAGUCAGCUAAUUGGCGAACUGAAAGAAAGAAAAACAUUGGCUUCUGACGAACAAGAGAUUAUCACUAAAGCUAAAGAACUAUUAGGAGCCAAAAGAAUCUUUCUAAAUACUCGCCAAAUAACUAUUAAAGGUCUCCAAAAUUGCUACAAUAAACUGAAGGGGAAUAAAAAAUAUGCUAAGGUUGAUGAAGUAGGAAAUGUAAUUAAUGCUGGAGGAACCGUAGCCGAAUCGUUAACGUUUGGUGUACCCAAAGCUUUUGGAGAAACUAUUAAAGCUAUUAAUGCUUCUUUUGAAAGAAAGUUUUCUGAUAAACGUGCUGAAGAAUUUCAAGAACUUUUAAUAAAAGCGGAGAAACUAAAAUGUUUAGCAAUAAGUAUAAAAUCUUUGAGAUUAAUCACGGAAUUUGAGAAGAAUUUAGAAGAAUUAAAAACUGAGUUAGACCGAGAAGAAAAGCAGUUUAAGGAACUCUUAAAUGGUUGA